UGCUACCGUCGUAGCUGGGCGGGUGUGGGCGCUGCCCGAGGAGUGUCCCAGAGUCUCAGGCGGUGGAGCAAUGGAGGGACUGGAAGAAAAUGGAAAUGUCCAAGUUGGAGAAUUAUUACCUUGCAAGAUUUGUGGAAGAACAUUUUUUCCAGUGGCAUUAAAAAAACAUGGACCCAUUUGCCAGAAAACUGCCACUAAAAAACGGAAGACUUUUGAUUCAAGCAGACAGAGAGCUGAAGGAACUGAUAUUCCAACAGUAAAACCUCUUAAACCUAGGCCUGAACCUCCAAAGAAACCAUCUAAUUGGAGAAGAAAACAUGAGGAAUUCAUUGCCACCAUAAGAGCAGCAAAAGGCCUUGAUCAGGCACUUAAGGAAGGGGGCAAGCUUCCUCCUCCUCCUCCACCUUCUUAUGAUCCGGAUUAUAUUCAGUGUCCAUAUUGCCAGAGGAGAUUUAAUGAAAAUGCAGCUGAUAGACAUAUAAAUUUCUGUAAAGAACAAGCAGCACGUAUUAGUAACAAAGGCAAAUUUGCAUCUGAUGCCAAAGGAAAAGCUACUUCUCGGACCCAGUAUAAGCCGCCUGCUCUUAAAAAGUCAAAUUCUCCUGGGACCAUAUCAUCAGGAUCUUCUCGAUUACCACAACCAAGUGGAACUAGCAAGACUGUUGUAGGUGUACCUUCAGGUAAAGUGUCUUCAGUUAGCAGUUCUUUGGGAAACAAACUGCAGACCCUAUCUCCCUCACAUAAAGGCAUAACAACCCCUCAUGUAGGUAAGAUGGACAAGUUAGGCCCUCCACUUCGAACUGGAAGAUAUGUGCAAAGGUUCUAUGACAGUGAUACAAAAUCAGACAGUGCCAUCAAAAGAUAUGAGUUAUUACCCAUUUACAAAGCUAAUAUCAAACCUCGAAACUCCACACCGCCUAGUUUGGCACGAAAUCCUGCAUCAGGUGUUCUUACAAACAAAAGAAAAACAUAUGGUGAGAGCUACAUAGUCAGGCCAGAUGGAAACUGUGUAUCCUCACUCAAUGGUGGAAACAUUAAAGGCAUUGAAGGAAAUUCAUCUGGACACUUACCAAAAUUUUGCCACGAGUGCGGAACUAAAUACCCUGUAGAAUGGGCCAAGUUCUGCUGUGAAUGUGGCAUUCGGAGAAUGGUUCUGUGAACAAAAUCCCAAAUGAAAAAGAGCAAAGUCCAGAGUUUUAUGACUAUUGCUGCUUCCUGUUAGAGCACUUCACCUAGUUAUUUUGUCCUAAAAUUGUUACACUUUUUCCAGGAAUUUUUAGAGCAGAAUUCCUCUGGCUAUGUAAUGUGUGUGGGUACAUGUGUAUAUAUGUGUAUAUAUACUGUAUAUAAUAAAUUCCUGUUACCCUAAAUUAUGCCAUUCAAGGAAACACUCACUCAUAUGUUAGAAAAUAAUUUCAAGUGGAAUCAUUAAUUUAUGUAUUCUUCGGUUGUUAAAACACAUUAAGUAUUCUUCCACAAACUUUCAAACUACGGUGUUUAGUCCUUCAAGUUUAGGAUAAUCAUUACUUUGAGUAAAAAAUCAGAAUAAAUGUUUUCUUAUUGGUUCCUAUUUUCAGGUAGUAUCUAUGAUGGUAGAUUAGGAUGCUUGGAAUUGAAGAGAAUAUUUUUAGUUAAAUUGGGUCACUUUGAUAUAGAGUUCUUCAACAAUUAAUUUUAUAAAUAUUUUUUAAAAAGAAAAAAAAACCUAAGUUCUGUGUUACCCUUUACUUAGUGUAUGAUUAAUGAUAUAAUUUACGUAUUUUUACCACUCUCUGAAAAUAUAAUCAUGCAAUUUUCUUUCCAGAGACACAAGGCUGAAAAUACAAAUGUAUUUAUUCGUGUUGUUACUGAAUAUUUUACUUGUGUACUAGUUGAAAGUAUAUUCCUUUUUAUUUCCAGCUGCAUCUUCAAAUUUCACUUCUUUUUCAUAACUUCAUGUCUAAAGAGUAGUUUUAAUUUACUUCAUAUACAAAGUUUGAAAAUGUAAUUAAUAUAAGCUGCAAAAAUUUUCUUCAAAAUCUUUUAUGUUCAUUUCUAUGUAUCUGAACAUAGGAGAAAUUACUUUAUGAAUUUUAAAACCAACCACCUCACCUAAUAAAUAAUAAUUUGGUGAAUAAUUAAUAGUGGAGGGAAUACAGGUAAAAGUUUUGAAUUUUAGCCCCUUCAAGUAUAGUUAGGUGUAGUUAUUAGUAGGUUAAGAGAAUAUCUAAUUUUUCCUACUUAUAUUUUCUUUUUAGUUUUUCAUGUUGAAAUACCAUUCACAGAACAAUAAAAAGCCACUGAAAAUGCAUUGCUUUACUGGGCAUCUGACUUUCGUAAUUAAACAUUUACAAAAAUGUAAUUAUACUCUCUAACUUUGGCUAAAAUAUACCAUUUAAUUAUUGUCACACUCAAUGUAACAUAGUAUUUAGUAGUAAAUCUCUUUGCUUGUAUAAGCAUAUUCAGUAAUUCAGUAGUAAUUUCUGUUGAGUGAAAGCUAACAACUCUGAUCAUAUUGAUAUUAGAAAGAUACAAACAAAUCUUUUACUGGCAAUUUCUAGCUGCUUAUGAUUCUGUUUAAUUAUAAGGAUCAAUGUAGAAAUUUGUGGCUGACAAUUUUUUUAAAUUCAUUUAUUCUCUACUUAAUAAUUUUAUUCAUUUUUCCCAUUCAGACAAGAAAUAGAAAAUGUAAUGGGAAUUAUCAUUUUACUUACAUUAUAGUUUCUAUCCUGACUUUUUAUUAACUUGCUCUGGUUGUCUUCAUUCGGUCAUAUUGGUCAGAAGAGUUCACCAACUAGAUUAGCUGUAAUAAAUCUAGGAGGAUAAUGUGCAAUUAGAUUUCCAUUUCAAUAAUUUAUGUUCUUCUGUCCUGAUGUUAUAAAUCAUAUGAAGAACUUCAAUUCUUGUUUUAUCUAGAACUGGGCUCUGUUUCCUUUCAAGUAUUUUUAUUGAAUUUAUUGGGGUGACAUUGGUUAAUAAAAUUAUAUAUGUUUCAGGUGUACAAAUCUAUAAAAUGUUAUCUGUAUAUUGUAUGGUAUGUUCAUCACCCCAAGUCAAGUCUCCCUCAACCACCAUAUGAUUUAUCUCUGCCUUUUACCCUCUUCCACCUCCACCCACCCUCCUUGCUGUCAGUCUGUGUUUAUGAUGUGUUUUUUUUUCUUUUAAUCUCUUCACUUUUUCACCCUGUUACCUCUGACAUGUUUUCUAUCUAUGAGUCUAUUUCUAUUUUGUUUAUUUUGUUCAUUAGAUUUCAUAUAUGAAUGACAUAAUAUGGUAUCACAUAAUUUUUUGUCUGCCCAAGAAAAGAGUAGAAACAUGGGCCCAAGUAAAGUGGUACAUUUUUAUUUCUCACUGAAUUUUAUAGUAGCAAGUAAAUGUUAUAUUGUACAACAUGGAAAAUAAAUUUGUAAAAUAUCCAAUCUCAGAGCAUAGAGAUUAUUAUAAAUAGUAAGUGAAAUAUAUUCAUGAAUUAUGAAACAUGUUAUGACAAUGCAUUUAAAUGCAUUUUUAUAUUACUUGCAUAUAUCAUUCUCACAUUGAUUUGUUGUGCAAUAGUUUGGUUUUUAAGAAAUUUUUCUAGAUCUAAGCAUCACUUUUAUUUAUUUUUACCAGUUUUUUCCAGUGUGGUAGAAUUUAAGAGAUUGUAAGCUUAAAUUAAAAUGUAAAAAUUGCUUCUAUAUUAUCCUGAAAGUUAUUAGCUUGAAAAGGCAAGAUUAUUAUAACUGUUGUCUCCUGUUCACUGGUUUUUUAUUACAAAUAAGUUUUCAUUUUUGAGCAUAUUCAAUAAA